AUGGAUACACCGUCGUCUUCUUCGACAAUUGACCUGGAGCAAGGCGGCUCCGGGAUCACGAAGAAAUUAUCGCUCACGUGGCGCGACCUCAGUGUACAUGUUACGGCGCCCGAUGCUGCGCUGGGAGAUACACUAUGGUCUGUGGCGGAUCCGCGCCAGGUGCUGGAUUGGUUUCGCCGUGGCAGCAAGCCGAAGAGGGCGAUUCUGCAAGACCUGACCGGUCAGGUUCGACCGGGUGAGAUGCUCCUCGUUCUCGGACGCCCAGGCUCCGGCUGCACAUCAUUCCUCCGCGUCCUCUCCAAUGACCGCGCCGCAUUUGAUGAAGUGCGCGGUGAGACACGAUACGGAAGCAUGGAUCAUAACGCGGCGAAGCGGUACCGCCAGCAGAUCAUGUUUAACACUGAGGAUGACGUGCAUUUUCCUACAUUGACCGUUAACCGGACGAUGAAAUUUGCGCUGCGCAACAAAGUACCGCAGUCUCGCCCUGAGAAUAUCACGGAAAAAGAGUAUAUUCAACAGCAGAAGGACUCAAUACUGGAUUCGCUGGGUAUUCCGCAUACCACGAAGACAUUGGUCGGGAAUGAGUUUGUCCGUGGUGUUUCGGGUGGCGAGAGGAAGCGCGUUUCACUGGCGGAGCUUAUGGCUGGUCAGAGUCCCGUGCAAUUCUGGGAUAACCCGACGCGAGGCCUGGACUCCAAGACUGCCGUCGAGUUCGCAAGGUUACUGCGCCGCGAAGCUGACGAGAACAGCAAGACCAUGGUGGCCACAAUGUACCAAGCUGGAAACGCGAUCUAUGAUGAGUUCGACAAGGUCCUUGUGCUUGCCGAUGGGCUGGUUACUUACUACGGACCUCGAAGCGAGGCUCGCGCCUACUUCGAGGAGCUCGGUUUCGUAUGUCCCAAAGGUGCUAACAUUGCUGACUUCCUUACUUCCGUCACCGUUCUCACGGAGCGUAUUGUGGCCCCAGGGAUGGAGGAGAAGGUUCCGAGCACUCCAGAGGAGUUUGCCGCUCGGUACCGUGAGAGCUCAAUCUACCGCGACUCGAUGGAUUCCAUUGUGCCUCCAGAGAAGCUCGUAUCAGAAGACGAGGGUCUGGCUGUUGCUGUGACUCAAGAGAAGCGGAAGCACCAUAUUCCUCGGACCCAGAGCGUUUAUACAACCGGGCUAUGGAAUCAAGUCAUCGCUUGCACAAUCCGCCAAUUCCAAAUCCUGCUCGGCGACAAGUUGUCCAUCGCAAUCAAGAUUGCAUCCUCAAUCAUUCAAGCCCUGGUUUGCGGGAGUUUGUUCUAUAACCUCAAACUCGACAGCUCAUCCAUAUUUCUCCGCCCCGGCACCUUGUUCUUCCCGGUCCUGUAUUACCUCCUCGAGUCGAUGAGCGAGACUACGGCGUCGUUUAUGGGCCGUCCAAUCCUCUCUCGUCAGAAACGAUUUGGCUUUUAUCGCCCUACGGCCUUCUGCAUCGCGAAUGCAAUCACGGAUAUCCCGAUUACAAUAGUGCAGAUUUCAGUUUUCUCUCUUAUCCUAUACUUCAUGGCAGCUCUGCAAAUGGACGCGGGUAGAUUCUUCACCUUCUGGAUCAUUGUCAUUGCUAGUACCUUGUGCUCGAUGCAAAUGUUCCGCGCUAUUGGAGCACUCUGCAAGAAGUUUGGGUUGGCCAGUCAGCUGACAGGGUUGCUGUCGACCGUUUGCUUUGUUUACGGAGGCUACCUGAUCCCCUUUGAGAAAAUGCACCCCUGGUUCCGCUGGAUCUUCUACCUAAAUCCCGCCGCCUACGCCUACGAAGCCUUGAUGGCCAACGAGUUCCAAGGCCUGCAACUGGAAUGCGUGGCACCAGAUUACAUUCCCUACGGCAGCGGAUACUCCGAUACCGCAUCCAAAUUCAGAGGCUGCACCGUCCCGGGUAGCAACGAACAGGGCAUAAUCUCUGGUGACGCGUACAUGAAGCAACAGUACAGCUAUUCACCGGGUCACAUCUGGCGCAGCUUUGGUGUGCUAGUCGGCUUCUGGGCCUUUUUCAUCGUCCUCACAGCUAUCGGAUUUGAGUUGCGCAACAGUCAAUCUGGAUCCUCGGUGCUGCUGUAUAAGCGCGGGAGCAAGCGAGCGGAGGCCGAGAAGGAACGCCCGGAUCCAUCAAACAACCAAGCCGUACUAGCCCAGUCUGGUAAGCAGUCCACGUUUACCUGGAACCACCUAGACUACCAUGUUCCAUUCCACGGACAGAGGAAACAGUUACUUGAUCAGGUAUUCGGAUAUGUGAAACCAGGAAAUCUCGUUGCAUUGAUGGGCUGCUCCGGUGCAGGAAAGACGACCUUGCUGGAUGUCUUGGCGCAACGCAAGGACAGUGGUGAAGUUAUCGGUUCGAUUCUUAUCGACGGCAGACCGCAGGGUAUCAGCUUCCAGCGCCUGACGGGAUACUGCGAGCAAAUGGACGUCCACGAGGGCACGGCUACUGUCCGGGAAGCCUUGGUGUUCUCUGCUCUUCUUCGUCAGCCGGCUAGUGUUCCAGAAAAGGAGAAGAUUGCUUAUGUCGACCAUAUCAUCGAUCUCUUAGAGCUUUAUGAUAUUCGAGAUGCUCUUAUUGGAGUUCCUGGCGCCGGUCUUAGCAUUGAACAACGCAAGCGGGUUACACUGGGCGUUGAGCUCGUUGCGAAGCCAACUCUACUCUUUUUGGAUGAGCCAACUUCAGGUCUUGACGGUCAGUCAGCGUACAAUAUCAUCCGGUUCUUGAGGAAAUUGGUUGAUGGUGGCCAGGCUGUUUUGUGCACCAUUCAUCAACCGUCCGCCGUUCUCUUCGAAGCUUUUGACUCCUUGCUCCUGCUCGCAAAGGGCGGAAAGAUGGCAUACUUUGGAGAGACUGGCCAAGAUUCUGAGAAGGUGCUGGGCUACUUCGCACAGAACGGCGCUCCUUGCCCACCCGACACCAAUCCCGCCGAGCACAUCGUCGAGGUAAUCCAAGGCAAUGGUACCCAGAAAAUCGACUGGGUUGACGUCUGGAACCGGUCCGAGGAGCGCGAGCGAGCAAUUGCCGAACUCGAGGAGCUGAACCGUAUCUGCCAAGCAAACCCGGGUGAAGAGGACACGGCCAGUUUUGCCACGUCCCGAUGGUAUCAGUUCAAGCUCGUCCUGCAACGAUUGAUGACCCAAAUCUGGCGGGAUCCGGAUUAUAUGUGGAACAAGAUCAUCCUUCACGUCUUCGCCGCCCUCUUUAGUGGCUUUACCUUUUGGAAGAUGGGUAACAGCACGUUUGAUCUGCAGUUGCGGGUCUUUGCUAUCUUUAACUUCAUCUUCGUGGCACCGGGAUGUAUCAAUCAAAGCCAGCCAUUUUUCCUGCACAACAGGGAUAUCUUCGAAACACGUGAGAAAAAGUCAAAAACAUAUCACUGGCUCGCAUUCAUUGCCGCACAGGCUAUCUCGGAAAUCCCCUAUUUGAUCAUCUGUGCAACUCUCUACUUCGCUUGCUGGUACUUUACAGCAGGCCUUCCUGUUGCCGCAGACAUCUCGGGCCACAUGUACCUCCAGAUGAUCUUCUACGAAUUUCUUUACACUUCUAUCGGUCAAGCGAUUGCCGCCUACGCACCAAAUGAGUACUUCGCCGCAAUCUCCAACCCCAUCGUCAUCGGCGCAGGCAUGAUCGCCUUCUGCGGCGUUGUCGCACCCUACGACACAAUGCAGCCUUUCUGGCGCUACUGGAUGUACUACCUGGACCCAUUCACGUACCUUGUCGGCGGCCUCUUGACGAAUAUCCUCUGGGAUGUCAAAGUCGAAUGCAAUCCCUCGGAGUAUCUCACAUUCAGCGCACCGGAUGGGCAGACCUGUGGCGAGUACAUGGCCGAUUUCCUCGCUGCGCAGCCGGGGUAUCUUCUUGAUGCCAACGCGACGGCAACGUGCUCUUUCUGUCAGUACUCGACUGGCGCGGAUUAUGCAAAGACAUUUAACCUGCGGGAGAAGUAUUAUGGGUGGAGAGACACUGGUAUCACGGCGCUAUUCUGCAUCACAUCGUACAUGCUCGUAUUUGUGAUGAUGAAGCUGAGGAGUAAGAAGACGAAGGAGGCGCGAUCGGAGUGAGGGCGCAGCUGUUGCUCAAUAACAGGGGAUUGGAGGUCUCCGAG